CAGACAACUAGAGGCUCGACCUUGUUCUCACGUCAAACCGUAUUUUCUCUCAACCCAUCGCGCAAAUGGAGACAGCUACAUAAUAAAUAGAUGGCAAAACUGUGAAAACGCAUCCAUUUUUAGAUAAUGCCAAAAUGUUUGUUGUCAAUUUUGAAAAAAAUGGGUAUAGAGUUCAUUUGUUGAGGACCGAGUACUUUUAAGUAGAUGCUAAAGUGAGGACUCGUCGUCUACGCUUACCUCUACCAGAUUGAUGUCGGUUUUCGUCCGGUCUGUGAACGAUUUCUUUAAGUGGGUGAUGAUCUUGAUCGCAAGUCGGUAUCUGGUACAUUGAUUUGCUAUAUCGUCUUCGUUCGGGUUCGGUAAAAAUGGUUAGAGAAUCAUGUUGAUCGGUUUUCCUUUCCUUUUGUCUUACUGCUCACCCUCGCCAUGCUGUAUCGUUUGUUCUCGAAAGAUCGUGCUUCCCUUGUUGUCCCAUCAGUAGUCUUACGUCUCCUCAUAUUUCGUAUUUUUUGGAGUUAAAAAGAUCCUCACUGACAUCAUUUCUUUUCGAGAACAUAAUAGUGCUGAGCAAAUGGGGAAUCAUCAUCACCACGCUAGAAUAUAGGGACGAGUAGUACAAGAGGUUAUCAACCAAGUUGGAAAUUACUCUGCUGCAGCAACUGCUGCAAGAACAUGCUUGCUUUGAUUUAAAAUAUCUACAGAGGUCGCACUAGUUGCAGAGGAAGUUUUUAGGGCGAAGAUACUACAGAACAUUCGACCACCAUUCAAUCAUUCAACCAUUCAAUCAUAACAACUGCCACAUACAAUCAUUCAGCACCAACUUGGUGAAGAAGAUUUCUUUCGUCAACAAUUUGACUUAUAUCACACAAAAAUCAAGACGAUGGCUCUACUUAGGAACAAUACUGGUUCUUCUCGCUCUUGCCGACCCCUCGCAGUGAUCGGGUCAUUUGUGGCCACUGUAGGGGUUGCCGCAGGUGCGCACAUUCAAUCGGUUCGCCAAGCGCCGCUCCUAGCACGUGAAGAACGACCCGCCUCUUCAGUUGCCUUGUUGCAGGAGAAGCCAGGGGAAGCGACGCAGACACUGCCAUUUGCCCCACCAAGCUUCUAUCGGACUUCCGUCGGCAUCCGAGAGGAACUGCGCACACUUGCGGCCGCAUCACCUGAUGCUGUCAAGCUGUCCGAGAAUGUCAACGGAACUGGGAUCGAUGUGGCACGUCUCUUUCUCGGCAACGGAGCAGGUAGCGGAGGCAGUACUUCUCUGAUAGAGGAGAGUGGAACAACUCCUGGUGUGCAGCGAAAGCGUGCUUUUUUCCUCUUUGGAGAGCACGCGAGAGAACUCAUCUCCCCUGAAUCAGGUUUACACCUGGCACAUGAAUUGGUCUCAUCGAAUCUUCACCACGGUUCUCAACAUCUCCAAGGGGCUUGGGAAGUGAUCAUUGUCGCAAACGCAAAUCCCAGUUCGCGCGACCGCGUGCUUGGACCGAACCGCGAAUACUGUCUGCGAACCGCAGUUAGCGGUGUUGAUUUGAACCGAAAUUUCCCAGACCACUGGAUGGCUACGGGACACAAUGGCACUGAAACAUGGUCCGGGCCUGCGCCGCUCAGUGAAAGAGAGCCAACGUACGGACGCUGAUUGGGCAUUUUUUUUGUUGCAGUUUAAUUAUUGUCCUCCGUGUUCACCAGUUUCAGUUAUGAUAACCACUGUCUGUGGUCACGGUCACCAGUUUCUGUUACAAUAACGAGCCCAUCUUCAUCAAAAAUGACAAAAACAUGAUACGACCUGUUCUUUACAAAAAUUAUUCAUUUUUUUCAGCCUCACCAGACUCGAAGUUCUUGUUGAUGAAAAUUGUUGAACCUGAGGACUUUCCUUUAAUAUUGAACCUAGAAAUAAAGACUUUCCUUUGACCUUUGUCUACCUCUCCUAAGAACACUCUUAACACGUUACAGCCUCGUUGCCGAAAUGCUUCGCGAGUUUGAGCCAGACCUCUUCCUGACAGUCCACAGUGGUACUUUGAGUAUGUUUUUGCCCUUCGGAUGGUCGGAGACGGAGAAACCAAGCAAUUACAAGGACAUGCUGCAAAUCUUAGAUGACGUCAACAAAAAGGUACUGAUGUCUGGAGGUGUUACUAUUACGUAGAACAAGUAGUUGCUUGUUGGUCUUGGUAUAAAUGGUAGUUGUAACGAACGCCAGCAGGUCUUUCGCCAGUCACAACUUUCUGGUAUUAAAAAAGAACAAAAUUAAGAUAGUUCUUGUUCAUUAUAAAUUCACAUAUGUGGAGGUAUGAAGACGAGCUUAAGAUGAGCCUCCUUGCAUCAUUUCUUCAUCUAUGCGGAGGACCUCUCAAUGGCAUCACCUCUUCUAUCCCUCUACUAGAUGCGCGUCCCUUAUGGCCCUCUUCUAUCCGUCUACUAGAUGCGCGUUCCUUACGGCGGCGCCAUGGAGACGAUUCAUUACCAGGCUACCGGCAACAGCAUGGAUUUCGCUUAUGACGUUGCGAAAGUCCCCUACGCUUUUGCGGUCGAGAUUUAUGCAGGUGGUGGUCCUCAACGGAGCUACGACAGUGCAGCCUCGGAAAACGACGAUGCGAGUCAACGAGAUCCUUUCACCGAGGAGUACGAGGCUCUUCGUCAGCGCUAUCUGGAUCGUGGUGACAUUGUGGACAACCACGUGUCUUUCAUCACCAUGUCGGAGAAGUUGAAGCAGAAGCGUGCUUGGAAUGGGGAGGAAACCAGUGCGCCAGAGCGAGAAUUAAGGCUCUCCGUAUUAACACCAUCAUUAUUAAAUAACACCAUCAUUAGUAACACCAUCAUUAUUAACACCAUCAUUAUUAACACCAUCAUUAUUAACACCAUCAUUAUUAACACCAUCAUCCUAGUUAAAGCACAUCCUUAUAAACGCCAUCAUCCUUCUUGUUGGCUUCGUUUUCAAAUAGAGUGAAAACGAAGUAGCCAAGGAUGCACAUCAUGCAGAUGCACCCACCAGCACCAAGGAUGCGCCGACGCGAUAGCUCUAAGAGACGCAUGUUUUCGCCUAUUCAAUCCAACGGAGAAGGACGACUACAACCACACACUGGAUGAGUGGACCUCAGUCUACCUGCAACUGAUGCGGAAGGUGGAACAGAAGGCGCCAGCGGGGGCUGCUGCGGGUAGUGAUUUUGAUUUAUGAUCAUUGAUUUUGUUUUUGAAGAUUUUCAUUUCUGCUUCUUUUCCUUGUCGUGUACUAGCUUGAUUGACAUUCUUGAAGCUUCUUGAUCAACGACAAGUCAUGGUCUAGUAAAUUUAACAAGACGAUUAUCCAUGACAUGUAUCUUCGAUUGACCCAACAUCGAUCCACUGGAAGUUGUACAACUUCUACUUCAGGAGGAGCAGCCGCGUCGAGCUCGAGCUAAUGUUGGUGGGCUUUGAACGAACUUCCGAAUUUCUCUGGGCACUAUGGCAGCAUGUUCUUGUCCUCCAGAGCAGUGCCUUGACACUCCGUCAAGGUGUCUGGACCUUCCGUAGUAGCUGAGCCAAGGAGCCGUGUUGAAUAUGAUCCGAGAAAACGACAUCAGGGAGAUUUAUUUUUUCGCGAUACGAACGAAGCAGAACUUGGAGUUGAACUACUUAUAUACAAUGGACAAUUAUGUUUAUGGCGAUGGCGAAUACUACUAGGAAGACGUCGAAAAGACGAAGACUCAGUGAAAAACGAAAAUGUGCAGACACGUGAUCAUUACCAGACACGUGAUCAUUACCUGUGCCGAAAAUGUGCAGAAACGUGAUUUGCGUGUAUGCAUUCCCGAGGACCGCUCUUGUCUAUUGAUAAUCUACUUAUCUGCAAUGCUCCACCUUUCAUCCACCAAAGCGUCUCCUGUCAGUCUAAUUAUGACCAGCCAACCCACGAACAAGUAUGAAUAUCCAACUGGAGGACGAGUUUUUUCUCGGAUUUCCGAUUAUCUAUUUUUAAUAUAUUAAAUGGAAGUCUUAUGAUGAUAUUGCAGUAAAUGUACGACUUAUGAUGAUAUGUGAGAAUGAAGGAUGAAGACGGUUUCUGUAGAUAACUUUGCCAAUGAACUGAUUUUUUUGAAUCGCACUGCCAGAUCGUUAUCUAAAUACUCGACGUAAUAUUUUUGUGUUAGAAGUCUCAGUAGUGAACUUUCAAGAAGAACUUUUUGGUUUUUUAUCGUUUGUUUCCAAGAAUUGAUAAUAUACCGGUGCUUGUCGUGCUGAAAAGUCAUUUCCAAUCAAGUACACCUACUAGAAAAUAGAAAUGCUAAGCGACCUUUUUUUAUAGAUACAUUUAUUGUUUUGUUGUAAUGAGUGAUCAGCAUAGAGAUUUAGAUAGAAGUUAGGAUCUUACCCGCUUAGAAAAGAUUAGAAGUGCUACCUGCAUGGCAGAAUGGAUAUUACUUAAAACGUUCGAUGAAAUGAUGAAUCACAGCUCCUGUCGCAGAACUUUGAAGAUGAUCAACAUCACUCAGUGAUGUUUUUUUAUUUUCCACCUCAUCACGACGGACAGACUACUAAAAGUACAUGAAUGAUCCAUUAUGAUGAAGAUGAUGAUGAUGAUGAUGAUGAUGAUGUCGCCCAUCGUGAUCCAUGCACUUCUUGCGCGUCAUACUGGUCUACGUCUGCUGGCACAGGAUUGUGUAAUUUUUUUCUAGUUCUAGUUCGUUGAAAAUGAUUAACUAUCCGCUGCUGGUAGUUUCAUGGUGUAAUUUAUAAUCUUCCCCUUCCUGAAAGUAUCCAC